AUGGCGGCCAGAGUUCCUGUAUAGACGCUGAAGAAACAAAUUAAAGUCUUACUAGUUACGGGAAUAAUCGAACAAACGGCUUUUGCCUACAUAGUUAAGUACGUGAGAAAAUCAACGUAAAAGUUACGAGUAUUCAAUAUUGAGCUCUGCACAACAUAAAGACUUUCAGUAGAGCGAAAAGCGGAAAUAAUCAUUUGGCAGCAUUAAUCUUCUUGAAAGACAUAACAGUGGCUAAACCAUGGAAAUGGACUAUAAAUCUUUGGCAACAGUCGAAGGAGCUGAUAACUACCAAGAGGCAGCCAUCAUUCUCGAAGGCCCGCCAAUUGAAAUCUUUGCGCAGCGCGCCGCUCCGACUGUAGUGCUGAAACCACUUCGGCAAACACAGGGAAAGUUUUACUUUGAAUGCAAAACAAAUACAGGCGGCUACAUGCAGCUUGGGUGGGCAGACGAAAGUUUCACGGCCAUAGCUGACGAAGGCAAAGGCUGCGGAGACGAUCAGCAUUCGUGGGCCUACGACGGAAUGAGAGGUUUAAAGUGGCAUAGUAAUAACAAAGAACAAUAUGGCCGACGGUGGAAGGCUGGUGAUGUGAUUUGCAUGGCUCUCAGUUUGGAAGACGGAGAAAUUAGUUUUGGAUUGAACGGUGAUUGGGAAGGAGAGAUGGGCUGCGCCUUUUCAGGAGUAACAUUCGAGGGGGCUGUCUAUCCAUGCUUGUCUCUCAUGAGAGGAGAGAGAGUACAGGAAACGAACCCCUUCGUCCACUCUCCACCGGAAGGGUUUCUUCCUCUAACAGUGACACAUCCAUCCGCAGAUUCAGAGACUGAAUACAACAGGUUCUCCAGCUUCGCGCACGUUAUUCAAAUGGGGCUGGCAGAAAACAGUUUCGCUGUGUCCUUUCCCGGUGAAAUCAUGGUAACGAUGAUGAGGAGGGGGUUGGCCUACGAGGGUAAAAAGAACGCCCUUAUUCACGCCGGAUACGAAGAAACCAUGAAGAAAUGGCCAGAAAUGAAAGAGAUACUUGAAAUGAAUUUUGGCCGCGCUGGUCUGACAGAUGACGAGAUUUACGCCGUUAUUUGCUACACGUUGGAAAACCCACCAGUGUAUCGCUAUUUCAAUAACGACACCAGGAAAGGUUACUCAGGCGAUGGCAUGGAUUUCCCGAUUCUAUCGUACCUUCUCCGAGAGGCUUGUCGAAAAAUCCUCGCGGCCACGCCCAAAGUAAGUCGUACAAGAAUCGUUUACCGAGGCGUCACCAUAAGAUUUGCCGCCCAACCUGGUCAAAUAGUACGAUUUGGUUCUUACACUUCAACCACCGGUAACAUCAAAGUAGCAGAGGACUUUCAGAAAAAAUCGAACGGAAGUCAGUUUGUUAUAGUCACCAAAAUUGGAGCCUCCAUUAAGAUGCUGUCGGCUUUUCCCGAAGAGGAUGAAGUACUGCUUCCACCAUAUGAGUUGUUCAGGGUUCACAGAGUAGAGGAGGAACCUCCGAGGAUCUUCUUAACAAGUUGCUUUGAUGAUUCGUUCGUUGAUAAGUACGUUGUCGAUGGCGGUGCUGUGAGCGAGGCAGAGGCGCUGCUGAAAAAGUUGGCUCAGCGAGAGAAAGAUACGACUCCGUCGGUAGGAAAGCAUUCUUGAUUAGGGAGGGGAACCGUGUAUCUACCACCCGGAUUUCUACCAAGAAUCUGCGUGUAGACACCUUCGGUAGAUUUAGUAUAUGUUAAACUCUUUAAGGUCUAUGAGAGACUGGGAUCUAUUUCUUAUUACAGCCUAACUGCUGAUCGAUUCAAACAUUAAGGUCAUCAGAAAAAGGAAACUUAUCACAUAAUAAUAAUAAUAAUAAUAAUAAUAAUAAUAAUGAUUUAUUGGAUUACACAAUUACUGGUAACAUAUUAAAGAAACUCGUGACUGUCAAACAAAUUCUCCUAAUCGUUACCGAAGGUAACGUAUAAGGAGCAGUAUGAAGAGUAAACAUAUCGCGAAUGUGAAGAUGCGAAAGGUUGAUGCAAAAAAGGUACUCGACAAUAGCGCCUCUGCAUGUAUAUACCAUCUGCGUGAAAAAAAAAAUUGCACGCCAGCGUAUUUGCUGUAUUUUGUUGAGCAAAUCCUCCAUCAUACUUUUGAUCCAUCUCUAUUAUAAUGAAACUUCCGAUUUCAUGCGUUUGAAAUAUUGAACGUUAACCCUGUUUUUAGCAAACUUCUCUCAAAUGGAUAUCUUGUUCUACAUCAGACGUCCCCUGGGACUCGACGCUGUCGGACGUACAUACCCGGGUAACUUUCGUGGCAACAUUUUCCCGCCAUUUAGCUGAUAAAACCGUCCUGUCUGCUAAUAAAUUAAAACAGUCCCUUUUUUGAACCUGAGCGUACUCUGAUUGUGAAAAUAUGAGUGAGUUUUGAGUGCUGAAUAUUGUAGUCCUAACUGUAGGGAAAGAAACGAAAUGUUUAUCAAUCCCUCUGGCAUUAAAGAAAACGAGAGAGCACAGCUCGAAUGCUCAUAAUCACAGAGCAAAAUCAUCAUCUUAACUUUCAGAAUUUUAAUCAACUUUUGACCGAGUUUCGUUGAAUAAAGUAAAAGCCAAUUGAAGAUUGCACAUUCAAAUUGAAUUUACUUACUGAACUCUGUUAAAGAAUAAUUAAUUGC